AGAGCCAGAGCCGCUGGAACCUGAGCCCCGGCGUGCUGCUUUGGGAGAGUCCGCCGUCCGAGCCGAAAGCAGCCGCUGCCCGAUUUCAGUACAUAGUCCGGGAGAAAGGCUAGUGAGGCCGGAGACAGGGUCACGGAUUCUACUGCAGUUCGGGAGCUGCCAGGUUGCCCGCGCUGGCCCUGCUGCCCUAAUUGCACCUAGCCGGACUUGCUCCUCACGUCCCGGUUGCGCCAUGGAUCCUUCGGAGAAGAAGAUAUCGGUGUGGAUCUGCCAGGAGGAGAAGCUGGUGUCCGGCCUCUCCCGCCGCACCACCUGCUCGGACGUGGUGCGGGUGCUUUUGGAGGACGGCUGCCGGCGGCGCUGCAGGCAGCGGCGGGGCCAGCGACGGGGCUUGACGGAAGACCCUUCGGGCCAGUUGGAGCUGCCCGAGCCCCCGGACGAAAACGACGAGGAUGACGACGACGCGAUGCCCCCGGGCAUGCUAUGUGGGCCCCCGCAGUGCUAUUGCAUUGUGGAGAAGUGGCGCGGCUUUGAGCGCAUCCUGCCCAACAAGACGCGGAUCUUGCGCCUCUGGACUGCUUGGGGCGACGAGCAGGAGAAUGUACGCUUCGUGCUGGUGCGCAGCGAAGCGUCGCUGCCCAACGCCGGACCGCGCAGCGCCGAGGCGCGGGUAGUGCUCAGCCGCGAGCGCCCCUGCUUGGCCCGGGGCGCCCCAGCACGGCCCAGCCUGGCCUUGACCCAGGAGAAGCAGCGGCGGGUGGUACGCAAGGCCUUCCGCAAACUGGCCAAGCUCAACCGGAGGCGCCAGCAGCAGCCGUCGUCACCUUGUUCGUCCACGUCGUCGUCCACCGCCUCGUCCUGCUCGUCGUCUGCUCGGACCCACGAGAGCGCGUCGGUAGAACGUAUGGAGACGCUGGUGCAUCUGGUGCUGUCGCAGGACCACACGAUUCGCCAGCAGGUGCAGCGGCUCCGGGAGCUGGACCGCGAGAUAGACCGCUACGAAGCCAAGGUGCACCUAGACCGCAUGCGGAGGCACGGAGUCAACUACGUGCAGGAUACCUAUCUAGUGGGGGCCGGCAUCGACCUGGACGGACAAACUCCUGAAGGGGAGCCGGAAGAUGCGACACUGGAGGAGAAGGGGACAGAACCGGCGGCACCCCUGGACAGCGAGGCGCAGGCGGCAGCGUUGGAGGAGCUGGCCAGGCGCUGUGACGACCUGGUGCGGCUGCAGGAGGAGCGCGCCCAGCAGGAGGAGUUGCUAGAGCGCCUGUCCGCCGAGAUCCAGGAGGAACUGAACCAGCGCUGGAUGCAGCGGCGCAAUGAGGAGCUGGCGGCUCGAGAGGAGUCCCUAGAGCCCGAUGGUGGUCCGGAUGGCGAGCUGCUGCUGGAGCAGGAGCGGGUCAGGACGCAGCUCAGCACCAGCCUUUACAUCGGGCUGAGGCUCAGCACGGACCUGGAGGCCGUCAAGGCGGACUUGGAUUACAGCCAGCAGCAGAGGGACAUUAAGGAGCGCGAGCUUCAGGGCCUUCUCCAGAGUUUGCACACUUUUGAGCAGACGGUGGUGCAUGAUGGGGCUCUGGGUUCCAGCGGACCCUCUCGCGAACCUCAGCCUCAGACCUGUGCAGAAAUGUGGGUAGACCAGGCCCGGGGACUGGCUAAGAGUUGCCCGGGCAACGAUGAGGACUCAGAUACUGGGCUGAGCUCCAUGCAUAGCCAAGACUCAGACUCGGUACCCCCUGUGUGUGAAUCCCUUGUGUAGAAGUAGUAGGGAGCAAGCUUAGACGCUUGCAGAAUGCACUGGUUUGGCCUGCUCAGGGACAUGAAGUGAGGCCAUGGGGGUGAGCUCAGAGUUCCCACGGAUGGGUCUGGAGAGUGAGUGUGAAGGAGGGUCCUGGACAAGGAAGCCCUAAGCUUCUAAGCUUUAGAGGGAAGUGGAGUCAGGAGGUGAGAACCCCUCCCUGUUUUUUAAAAACACAUUAGGUAAGUGAUGAGGUCCAAGCCCAUUUUCAAAACAAGAGAAAAGGAAAACAUUACGGGACAUUUUUUUUUUACCACUCCUGUGCAUGGGAAGGACUGAUGACAGCUAGAACUUUGGUCUGUGGCAUAAAGUGCUGCUAAAAGAAAACACUUGGAUGGAAAGGAAAUUCCUUGAAUGUUAAUUGUGACUGGAAACGUGUUCAAACUAGCCAAAGAGGGCGCACUAGUGUUGGUCUCUGCCUUGCUUAACAUCUUUGAUAAAACCCAUAGGCAUCAAAAUCCUGACUGUUUACAUUUCUUCAGGUUUGGGAAUUACCCAUCUGCUAAAUCAUUUGCCUUUUAUUUCUGUCAAAGGCCAAACUGCACUGGGAUGCAAGGCUGGGCCUCUCCUUACUAAAUACAUUGUGUUAAAGGCUCCCCACCUUCAGCCUGAAACAUAGCACUUUGAGUUAUAAAAUCCUGGCAUACAUAAUCCAGGGUAAAAAUGUAGUCUGGCUUUUUGGGGUGUGUUUCUGCAAAGGCAGAGGUGCUGGCUUGUAAUUCAUGAUUCAAUUACAGUUAAGAAGGGGGAGCUGCAGAAGGGGGUGCAGCCUGCUUUGCUGUUUUCAAAGAACGUUCUGGUGUCAGCUACAAGUUGGAAGUAAGAAUCUCCGCAUAGUGUUUAGCUGCUAACUACAGCUCCGUGAUUAAACACCAGCUAUGAUCUUCAUGAAUUUUACCCAGACCCAAGUCCAACUUCAGUAUCUUCGGUUGGAGAUGAGGUUCUGGUUCUCAAGUAAACUGCAAGUGCCAAUUAACUUCAGGUGCAAACAGCAGGGUUUACUAGCAAAGGCCCCAAAAGGGGGGGGGGAGGAAUCUGAUAGGCCACGGUGGGUAAACAAAUAGAAUAACCAUAGAUAGCAGGGAGCCAUGGGGAAAGUGCAUGAAGCUGAGUUAAGACUUAAAAGUUGCCCCUGGUUGGCCAUUCCUCUGUGCGUGGAGGGGGGAGAUAUAAGGGUGACAUUGUCUCCUGUAGCUGGUGAGAGUGCUGGGGAGCACUCGGUGUAAUUGUUCCAGGUAUUUCAAUUUAAACCUAUCAGUUGUAGUUAGCUGUUGGGCCAGUGGAAGGAGCCUGCUUGUCCAUUUCCCUGUGGAGCCAAGUACUUUCUGAGGAAUGUGGAUCUAAUCUGUCCAGAGGAAGUAUUAACAAUGGUGUGUGUGUGUGUGUGUGUGUGUGUUGUCAGUGAGGCGCAGAAGGCUGGUAUCAACUGAACUAGUGAGGGGCUGGCUACCGUUCCCACAAUGACAUGCAAAGAUAUGUACAGAAGCGUGGGAUUUGGAACUGUUUCUUCCCAUUCGUGAUCACCUGUCUGAGUGUCCCCAAUGGGAGCAUGUCCUCCUGAACUCCUCAAUUCGCUAUUGGAACGUCCCCUUUUCACAGACUGUCCCCACUCUGAUGCCACCGUAGGAUUAUAACACAGGCGACCGGUUUCAGAUGUUCAAGCAAAAUCAAAAUGAAAAGAGUUUUCUUAAAUACUUGA